GUUUUUCUAGUGUUUGUGAAACCUAUCUUAAUCCAACCGACAUGUCAUCACUGAGUAUUAGGUUUUCGCAGAUGAUAAGCUUAUGCAGAUCUGAUUAGAUACUGGUUUCUUGCAUAGUUGCAUCGCGCCCAACCGAUAAGCGUUUGGAAUUAUUUAAAUCAAGAAACCAGUACGUGACUGACUUAGUUAAGGUAGAAAGCCGAGACAUUGAAUCCGAGAUUCUUUUCUUACAGCCGACGGCCAGACCAGCGGUCAAGAAACCCAAAGAACCCCGCAAUUCCACCGCCAGAUACCCAAAAAGAGUAUCCCCCAGGACUCAACCAAGCUCAAUUGCAUUCUCCCAAACAGUUUUGCUUCACAAGUCCUGUAUUCUAUCGAUCAGAUCAGCUUUGAUCCAUAUCAGACAUCAUGCCCUGUGCUCUUCACCCCCCAGCUUCACUAUCGGCAGCCGGGACGAGCGGAAGAAGGUUUGGGCACGAUCCGACCCAGGACUCCACUCGUGGCGGUAUAGCGGCCGUCUGAAUGGCUCGAGGCCGCGUCUUGUACAAGCGCACAACCGCCUUUCCCCCUUUUUCAUGUGGCUUUUCGCUUUCCUAUCCGGCUUUCUUAUGGUAAGGAAUUUCUUCCCUGAAGUUGGGAGAUUUCGAAAUCUCUUUCCAUUGUAGCCGUGGAAUUGAUGAUCUGGGAUUGCUCAAGCUUAUCUCGCUUGGAUCUACACUGCAACCAAAAUACUGCACGUCCACAAGACAGUUAAUGCGGUGGAGUGGACGACCCCAAACAAUGGCUGCCGAUCAGAUCUACGAUAUCCGCGAGCUGCCUGAAGACCCCCAGAUUCGCUCGGGGCGCAGAUACCGAAGUUACCUUUCCUAUGUAGCCCAGUCUGCUAUCUGGAUCGGAAAUAUCUACAUUGCCCUCCGUUUAUUGGCAAUAUUGCUUUCCCCGCAAACAUGGCAGGUUUGGAUGAUGUUCCUUGUCGAGGCCGUUUUCAUUCACCUCUCGCGAAAAGAUCAACACCUGGUCAUUGCGGCGUCCAAGGCCAAGGAGAGUGGCCCCCGUAAGAAACUACGUGUACAUGGGACUAAGGGUCUCCCCGACGUGGAUGUGCUGUUGCCUUGUUGCGGCGAAGAUGUGGGCGUCAUCAUGGCCACAGUACGUGCAGCUUGUGCCCUCGACUAUCCACCGUCCUGCUUCCGCGUCAGAGUCCUGGACGACGGUGGAUCCGCAGCCUUGAAAGCAGCGGUGUCAGCCCUGCAAUCGCAAUGGAGUCAUGUCUCGUAUCACUCCCGUGGGAGACAGUCCGGCAUGGUGUUCGCCAAAUCAGGAAAUCUGAAUUACGCCUUGACCACCCUGCAAAAUGAGACUCCGCCUGAAUUCUGUGCGAUUCUCGAUGCGGACUCCGUUCCAUGCCCCCAUUUCCUGCGAGCAACCUUGCCUCAUCUACUACAAAGCCCAGACGCCGCUCUGGUUUCCACACGUCAAUAUUUCUCUAAUCUACCAAAUGGCGACCCGCUUUCUCAGACUCGGAGUCACUUCUACACGUGCCAGAAUGCGGCUUUGGAUGUCCUCGGUCUCGCAAUCGAUGCGGGCUCUGGAGCCGUCUUCCGACGGAGCGCAAUCGUACAAGUUGGUCUGUACCCAACAUUCUCCUUCUCCGAGGACUGGCAGCUGUCCCAAAUCUUGCAUGGCAAUGGUUGGCGCACGUUCCAAGUCCAGGAGCCACUGCAGUUCGGUCUGGUCCCAGAUUCGCUUACGGGCCACUGUGCCCAGCGAAACCGAUGGAAUAUUGGACACGCACAGCAGAUUCCUGCUAUGCUCUCGUCGGAUUACAAACACUACACGAAGUCUUUGCGGUGGAGCGUCAUCUGGGAUGGGUUCGGAAUCGUGGCCGGAGAGGUCGAGUGUUUCUUCGGUUUCCUUGCUAUCCCGCUGCUCCUUUUGUCAGGGCAGCUCAUCCCAACAACCUACCCUGCCCUCGUCAAGGCUCAGAUUUUCAUGGCUAUCUGUCAAGUCUCAGUCAUGUGGAUAUAUGAGUAUCUUCAGGCUGCCCUGAAUAACUUUCAGAGUGCACCCUUUGCUCACUUGGAAAACAAAUGGUUGGCUGGGCCGAACAUACUUGCCAUCUUACGAUUCUACCUCGUCUCCGCGAAGCCCAAGGGAUCUUCCUUUGUCACAGGAAGCGUUCUCAAUUCUUGGAACCAACACGCUUUGUCGGCGUGCAGGAGAAUGUACCUCGAUCUCUGGAAAAACGGCGUCUUCUACAAUUUGUCACUACUCCUUGCUACCGCCUGGGCUGCUUAUCUUGCGAUAACGUCUUUGAUGGCAGGUCAGGAGUGCACAAUUACCAGCUUGCUGACUAGCGUCGCCUUCCCUCCCUUGUUGCAUAUCUGCUAUCUUACGUUGACGUUUAACUGGGUCCCCGUCGCUUACAUCCUGAAUCCCCCUCACUACCCUAACCGUUCCUCGCAAUCAAAAACCGAGAACGGGAAACCGGCAUCCAACGUGGAGACCAAACGUGAAGCUACUUCGGAAUCCAGAUGGCCUGCCGUGGGCAAGGUUGGCAAGGAAAUUCUGCAUUUGGGAACUAGAUUAGAGAUCCAAGAGCGUCCUGAGCUUUAGGCGGUAUUCGGACUUCGGUAAUUUUGAUAAGCAUAGUCGGUGUUAAAAAGCAAUCCACUACUUUUCUAUUUCAG